AGUCGCACUAAUUUGCACAAGAGAGACUCUGAAGGAUUCUGGUCCUGAUAGUAAAAUGUCGUCGUGGUGCAAAUGACCUUUUAGCAGCCUUAUUUUUAUACACAAUAAGCAGCAACAGUUUGUGAAUCCUCUUGCAACGCAACACUCCUUUCAACUGAGCCUUCGCGUCACAUCCCCCCGCAAAAAUUUGUUUUUCGUUAAGAAUCAAGGCAUUUUGUCAAGAGCGUACCAUUUUACACGACUCCACCGCCGCCUCCAUGUUAGUAGGGAGUUUUAGUAACAAUGAUGGCGACGACAACGAGGCCAUCAAAAAAGCACCAAUUGGCAAAACAAAAACUCUGCAGGUGCAUCACCCUUUUUUGUAGAUUUGUUUGCCGACUUCGACGUGAAAAUGCUUAAUUUCAAAUUGUCAGCUAUGGAGAAGGUAAACAAGCGACGACGAAUUUUUGUUUCUCUUUCUAAACUUGAGUGCGGUCCCCGAGUAAUUAACUCCUGGGAAAUUCGCCUACAUUGACAUUUUCAGCGAACUAGAAUAAACGCGACAAAGUUUUAAAAAACACAAACUCAUUCUAAAAAUUGACGUUUUUGCUGCCGCGUUGCCAUUCGCCAUCAUCUUUGCUAAAGCUCCCUAAUCGGGGCAAGACGACAAACAGACUCUGGCGCCAAAGUGGAAACAAACGGCCCCGAUUAUCAAUCACCGAUAUUUGAAACCCGUAAACCUCGACUGUUACUCGAAAAACUAAAAAAAAGACAAAAGAAAAAACAGUCUGUGGCCGUGAUUCGAAAAGCACAUGUACAUACACAUUGCGCAGAUUAACCUAUUGAAACUGAGCUACUUGAAAUUGUCAUCACGUCCGACGUGACAGUGAAAACCUGUCUCUCUUUUUUUCAAUCAGUUUUGAUUAUUAUUUACCAGGCUCUUGAAGAACGUUCACGCUGCUAACUUCCUGGAGGAUCCAAAACACUCUUUAAUGAAAAGUCAAACGCUCAGGCAAUUUUGUGUGGACGCUUUGAUCCUUAUAAGAGCUAUUUUCGUUUGACCUUGAAAUGAUUCCGUUCGAACAAAACAAAAACAACCGACGAACAUAAAUAUAAGAAAAUGAUUCUUUUAUCGAACAGACAGAAACGCGCGCCUUUUGGUUGGUUUAACUUUUCCCGCUGAAAGAAGAAUUCUCUGAAAAGUAAUUUUCCACAACUUGGGGCGACAAAAACCAUCUUGGGAAUUUCUUUCCUUUCUUACGGUCUCCGUCCCCGAUUUUGGCCAUUUUUCAAGGUUUCGGGAAAAUCGCUUUGUUGCUAUUGAAGCGACAAGUCCGACUUUAUACGAAUAUUUUUAGCACUAAUAAGAAAGGUUUUUUGUAAACCGAAAAUCCAGUGAGGUGAAUUUGUGCGUUCACAGUUCCUUUUCGAAACUGUUUUGACACGUAUGUCAAGUGUCUCUUAUUUGUUUUGCUCCGAGCUUUAGUUUUCUGCGAACUCGGCUGCCACUUUCGAACUCUAUUCCGGGGAUUUUUCCCGCAAACCCAGUCCUGCUUUUAGUCGCAGGUUAGAACUCCAGUUUUGACAGAUUAACUUUUUUGUUCUCUUUUCUCAGAAAAGGGUAGAAAAUAAAGCUAUGCAAACAGGCUAAAAAGAUACCUAAUGGGGAAAAAUGCCCCAGUCUAGGCUGUUUGCUAUAUAUAAUACUACGUCCUGCCACUCACACGUGCUGCACGAAAAAAAAAAAACAUAUAUGAUAUUCUAAGCUACAGUUAUACUGUAAGCGAUAGCUCACCGAGAUCGUAACCUGCGCCGGGCUGUGGUUAUUAUUUCUGGUGAAAACGUCUGCAACUGUAUAGUACGAAAAAAUUGAAAUGCAACAAGGGGCUUUUUAUUUGAUUUUUUUAUUUAGAUAACCAAUUUAUUUGAUAACAUAUUUGAACUAAAGCAAGCCAAGGGUUGGAAAAAAACAAAAACUAAACUAAACUUUUGCCUGGGUGGCCUGCCAUCUCAGGUGUCACAGUUUUUUUUCGUUUUCCCAUUCCACGAAUUUAAGCCUUAAGCGACCAGGGAUUUCCCCAUCGGUCUUCUUUUCUGUGGAAGAUGUCUUUGAGUAAAAGGAAGCAAUUUAUGAAAUUGUGUAGCCGCGAAAUUUUGAUUAGCUCCUUAUGAUGAAACUGAAAAUUAAUCAAAACCUGUUCAAUAAUUUUUUUCAGUAAAAGUGUUCUGAGUAUCACGUAGCAACAUUCGCCGGGCGGAUUUGUUUCUCUUUUAUUUUCACUCGGGUAUUCAACAAUUUUCCAGGAAUUACGAGCGGAACAACAUGUAUUUAGGCCAAUGUAAACUUAGCCUGGGACCAGGCUCGCCGUGGGGGGAAAAAGGCUCUCACCCUUUCCCCAACCAGAGAUCCUGUUGACAGGUUACGAGGGCAAAAAAAAAAAAAAUCAGCGAGCGAAGCGAGCCGAGCGGAAGUCUGCGGGACCCCGUUUUUGCCCCCCCCCCCCCCCCCCCCCCCCCCCCCCCCCCCCCUUCCCCCCCCCCCCAAAAACCCACACACGGGGGGGGGGGGGGGGGGUUUGGGGGGGGGGUGCGGGGGGGGGGGGGGGGGGGGGGGGGGGGGGGGGGGGGGCGGGGGGGGGGGUGGGGGGUUUUGAAAAAAAUUGAGAACGAAUGCUUUUUGUAGUUAAAAAUGGAAAAAAAAACAACGAGCACCGAGCGCCGGGCCGCCAUGCGGCUCUUGCGGUCUGCCACGGGUCCCCACCACGCCCCCCGCCACCCCGCACCAAGGAGCCUGGUCCUAGGCCAAUGUAAACUGCAGACGUGUGGUGGUGUGCCGGUUUUGGUGGGGAGCUUUCGGAGCUGGGAGGGAGGGGAAGGAAGGUAGGGACCGGCGAGGCCAUGGUAGUUUGGGUUUAUCAAAAAAGUUGAUCAGCUAAAUUGAGCGUCGUAAAAAAAACUGUCUACGAAAACUCAAUUACAGGAUUGGAAAGCUGAAGCUAAAGUUGACGCUUCUUGUAUCUUAUUUUUUAAAACAAGCAAAUCUGCAAAUCCAGGGGAAGCCAAAAGUCGAGAUACAAAAUCUCUGAGCUAGAAAUAAUCAAGGGGACAACAGUUUCUUGCUUGAAACCAGAACUUUUUCCGGCACGCACAUCUGCCACGUUGCCUUGAAGUGAGUUAAAGGAAAUAUAAAGUGGAUGAACAGUUACAGCAUCAUUCUUGUCGUGACUUGAAAGUAACUAAUUUUUUGUCAUAUUUUUGUUGUUUACAUCAGUCUGUAGAAGCUGCAUUGUGCAAAACCUUCAAGAUAGCGAUGAGAACAUUUGUCCACAAUGCUCUACAGUUAUCCAUGAAACAAAUCCUUUCGAUAUGUUAAGGUGUGUAUCAUCAGUUUAUUGUCUUUGUCAGUUACUUCUUAACGAAACCUCUCGAGCUGUUUGGCUUUAGACUACGUAGCAGUUCCCCUUUUUUCUUUGUUCCUCGAGUGGAACGCGCGGGACACACAAAUGACCACGCCCACAGCGUCGCCGGUCAACGCGCGCGCGCGUGCACUCCGCUCUCUAAAUCUGAAGAAAAAGAGAGACUGUUCGCAGUCUAUUUGGCUUUAACCUCUCUAAAUUGAUAAAAGUCUUAGUCCGUCCUCCUUCUAAAAAUAAAGUUACUUCUUUACAUAUUCGCAAAGUUUGUCGCAAUUAAAUUGCUCUGUAUACGCUAGUCUCACUUGAACAGGAAAAUUUUGAAGUCUUCCUAUCUGAUAUGCGCCCCACCCCCGCCCCCUCCCCAAAUUGCCACGAUUUCAUUUGUUUCAUGUUUCAAAAUGUAAACAAAAUUCUUUGAAAAUAACUGAAUAAAUGAUUUUCCGCAGAUUGCGAAAACUUAAUGUGCGCCACUUCUUUUGAUAAUAAGUUUCCAAAUGUUUCUCUGUAUUUUUAUCAUUUUCUAAGAACUUCUGGGAAGCGCAAUUGAGCAUGCGUAAAGAAACUGCUCUUUAUGUCUUAAUUUCUCUACUAAACCUUCCCUUUCUUACCCUGAGUGCCGGCAGAGUGUGGUUUCCGGUUUUCCGGUCAGUGCCUGCGGCCGACCACGAGGCAUCUCUGCCCCACUCAUUUGCCGCACUUUAGAAACCUCUGGUACUCAGGGUAUCCCUUUCUUUUCAGACUACACAAACUUUAAUGUUCGGGAUAAGAUAUUGGGUUCCCCACACAGUGAUAUUGAUAUUCUUCAGUUUUCCAGAGAUACAUGUUAAUGAAUGAAAUGAAUUAGCAAGAGCCGGCUUCCGCCAUCCGCUAUCUUAUUAGCCUCACACGCAGGCGUUUUUAGGGGAGCUCGUUUUUCAUCCCUCCCCACAAACGGGAUGAAAAUGAGUUCCCCUAAAAACGCCUGCGUGGGUGGCUACUAUCUUAUGACCCGCCCCGUCAGAAAGGGCUGGAAAAAAGAUAGGCCCGCCUUUGUCAGAGAGAUUACGAUAAGUGUUAGUUAUUGUUGUUAAUGUUGUAAAUUACUUUUCUCCACCUUUAACUUAAAGCACGUUUGGAAUUGAAUUCCAAACCCGCUUUUAUGCAAAAAGAGCUCGCUCUUAUAGCCUCGUUCGGAAGAGGCUUGAAGCAACGGUCAGAAAUGGCAUAUCCCAUUGGGGUUUUUCCCCAGGUCGUGACGUGAAUGAGCCAAAGAAGAAGAAUUACUUUCUAAAUGAGUAGCACCGUGCAAAAGUACUGCGGAAGAGGUUUCAUUUGAAUGGUUACACCUUUGGAUUUCUUCCACAGACUCAAAAGUUAGAAGUACACAUCAGAUAAAUAGGUCAAAUAGUACUACCGAUGUGAAAGUACUGCUGAAGAGGUUUCAUUUGAAUGGUCACACCUUUGGAUUUCUUCCACAGGCUCAAAAGUUAGAAGUACACAUCAGAUAAAUAGGUCAAAUAGUACUACCGAUGUGAAAGUACUGCUGAAGAGGUUUCAUUUGAAUGGUCACGCCUUUAGAUUUCUUCCACAGACUCAAAAGUUAGAUCGGCAAACCAAAUUAAUAGUACCAUGUGAAAAACCGCUGAAUAGCUUUCGUUUAAUGGUCACAUCUUAGGAUUUCAUCCACCGACUCAAAAAUUAGUACUGGUUGUCUUAUCGCCAUGAUAUGCAAGGUGGGAAAGAAAAGGGUCAUACGAGCGCCAUUUUUUUGUUCAACCCAUUCCACCUACCCGCAUUGAAUUGGACGGAAUUAGACUGUGGAGAGGUGCCGGGUAUGAGCAGACUUGAUGCACACUGGAAACAAAAAGCUGCAUAAAAAUAUUGAUGACUUUGUAUUGUCAUGCAAAUCAGCCGAAAAAAUAGACAUGAAUAAUGUGUAUUUUUAUCAAUUGUUUUCUGAAAUUGACACCGGAAUACAUUCCCGUAGAAUUACGGACUUCAUGAUGAAAGCGGAAACUGGUUACAAAUAACAGGUGCGCUGUUGUUACCAGCUUUGCGUUUUUAAAAAGCAUCUUGUAACUGGUCUAAAAAUACGUUUGCUGACCCAUUUAUGAGAAAAGAUAAGUUUUAGUAACUGCGAAUUGAGGUAAUGCAAGCGAUUAUUCCUGUUGUUCUUAAUUAGGGUAUCGCCCUAGAGACAACCAAACUUAGAAGUAUGCAACAUGUCUCUAAAAAUAACUUUGGGUGUCAAUGGGUGAAGCAUAAUCAUUUUUGGUCACAGAAAUCCGUAAAAUGAAACAAAAAGCCCGGAAAAAGUGACCGAGGGUCAACUACAGUGUCUACAUUACAUGUAUGUCUCCAAAAUUGGACUCAGAUGAGCAGGGAUUGUUAUAAUGGAUGAAGUGGAAUCAUUGUUAGACAUAUAAAAUCGAGACAAAUUAAUAAGACAAAAAUUCACUCUUUUAGCGAAUUAACCCUACCAUAACAUACCAUAAUACUCCUUGUUGGUCACUCCAAAAGUUUGCAUAAACAUUGUUUUCAGUUUCUCUUGGGGCCAUUUUAACUCCCAAGAGAAACUAAAGACAAUAUGCUUAUGCAAAAUGUUGGGGUGACUAAUUAGGAGUAUUAUGUAAUAUGUUAAUGGUAUAUUCUGGAUUGGUCAAUAAACUGUGUUCAUUGGCCCAUAGAUUGGCCCGAAUAAAACCUCUUUAGCAGACCUCCUUGAGUGGUACCAUUUGUUUUUCGAAGUAUUUUUCCGAAUAAAAUUUGCGAUUUUUUUUCCAUUUAUUUUUGAAUUGUUAAUUUUGAGUGCAUGAAAGGAUUUUAAGCUGAUGCCAUUUCAAGUGGAUGAAGAUUGAAGGGGAUAAUUUCAAACUGAGGAAUCUAUUUCUGCGGCAAAGGGAUUGCAUUGCAAAACGUCAGCUUUUCAAUCCUUGUAAGGUGGUAAUGUGAAAAAAAAUUUUGUGUUAAGGAUGAGUUAAACCGUCGGUCACCAGAAAAAAAAAGGAGUCGUGGGAUACAUUUCCUGUAAUUGGUGAAACACCAAGAGAGUCAACGGCCGAAACGUCUCAUCAGAUAAAAUCAUAAAAACUUUUACCGCGUAACAGCCUCCGAACACAGAUGUAUUUCCGGUUAUCGCUUAUUUCCUUCUUCAAAACGAUAUGCGGAAAUACGUCUGAUUUCUCAGGCUAAAAAGUGGAAAAGUGCACUCUAUUACUGAAUGAUACAAAAAAAUCAUGCUAUUAAAAGUUGCUGUUCAGAUUACGGAAAGCCGUAGAGCCUGACGUCUGUUUUACAGAAGAAAAGAUGUUGUGUUCAGUUUUGGAAAAGUGAUUUUUUUUCCGCAUUGGGUUGGUCGAGCGUUUGGAAACAAUAACUUAAUUACCAAAAGUUUUCGAACCCGUUCUGGAGAAACGGGCUCGGAACUUUUUUCAGUUGUUGGUCUCGAAACAGCUGCAUAUGAGAGGCCAAUGAGUCUUUUGUGAUCUGCAGAAAGCAGGAAUUUACCGUUGUAGCCUCGUCAAGAAAAAAAACUUAUAUAUUUAUGAGCUAUAAUAGUUUUCAAUAUGUCAUUCUUUAUUAGAAUUUGCAUAACAACCGCACUUUAAGGAAAGCACUACUCAAAGGUUGUUAAAUGCAACAUUUCACUCGAAUGAUGCUUAUGUGCUUUCUUUCCCUGGUUCUUUGCUUAACACAUUUAUCUUCGAUGACAGUUAUAUACCUGUCGCGUGGCAAGCAUCCGUUUGCCUCACUUUUUUGCCCCCUCCCUGCGGGCAAACAAUCCCCUUAUUAUGAUUCGUGUAUAGUUCACGGAUAAUUUUAACCAAGUGCAGUUUUGCACUUUUUUUUCUACCUCUUUUUAAAUCCAGAUCAGACCAAAUAUUGGAGGAUAUUAUUUUCAAGUUAGUGCCAGGAUUACAAGAAAGUAAGACCUUUUCAAUUUCAAUUUUAUUAUUUCUUCCCUCAGCAUUAAUUUUACUACCAUUGUUUUGAUUUUUGAGGUGGAUGAGGGGCAUAAUGGUAUAUGUAAAUUACUGCUCACAAACCUACGUGAGUAGAAUAAUAUAAAUCUACAUGAAAAUCACACCAGUUAAGGUUUUUGCUCAACUGGUUGAAAUUUCAAAAAAAAUUGUUGGUUUGUUUUGUUAGUCUUUGCUAGACCUAGCAACUUACAGGAACUGUUAACUUUCACUUUCCCUUUCAGCGUAAUUAGAAAACGCUUCAGUGUUCCCCCAAUUUUAAGUAGUAGAAUUUGAUCAAGGAAAAAUAUUGAUUACUUUAAAAAUAGAACGAACUUCCUUUUUCGUUGUUUUCGUCUUGGUUAAGUGGUCAGGUCAUCACGGUUGAAUACCAAGAUUGCGUGACUUGUUUUUGCUUGGUCAUGGCACUCGAUGAACACUAUGUUUGAAGGUGACUAAACCAGUGGCAAGGAGGAAAAGUUUCCAUCUCACUUUCUAAAGCCGAUUCGCCGAAAAUCCAUUCGAGUUUACAAAUCCCUAUACAAUUUCCCGUUUGUCGAUUCUAAGAACGCAGCGUGUUUGUAAUUAGUCUUCGCCGAAAAUUGCCGAGAAGAUUUCAUUUCCCAAAAUCGCUUCUCGUGCGUGAUUCUCUCUCUGUUGGUCAGCGAAAGGCUUCUUGUUCUGAAAAAGCACAAGGAAAAAUUUACCAGACCUUUUCAUGUUAACAGGCGAUUUAAUUUGCAUAUGCUGAGUGACAGGUUUGAGCUUGCAUAGGGCAAUUCAAUUGAAACACCGGAAGACUUAGCAUGGGGAACCCCCCUCUGAAAUUUGAAGUUUGAUUGGCUACCUAUAAAUAAGUUUUCAAACUUCCUUGUCGUUAUAAUAAAGAUCUCAAGACAUACACAACGAACAGGACGUUUUUGUUGGCAUUUCAAACUGGAUAGCUAACAACGAUUUUCAAACUAAGCUCCGAUAUGGAGAAACACCGAAGUAUUGAAUUUGUCAUACCGCGAGACAAAUCUCCGCUUCUGAAAGAGAAGAUCGAACGAGUAUGCUCUCUUUUCGGCGUCAACAUUUCACUGCCAAAUGAUCUACCUUCCAACGAAAACCAGUGGGUCUGUAUCAGUGGGUCGAGCGAGGAACGUCGUGGUAAAGCGAAGAGCUACAUAACUUCUCUUUGUGGCAAAGACUCGGUAAGACACCGUGUGGACCUUAAGAUACCUGUUCGCUUGUUUGAUGAUCUGAAAAACGGGAGGGCCGGCGAGGAGCUAGAAAGACUCGCUGGCGCCGUGUUGUCGUUUAGCGAUUCGGAAGUGUACGUGCAGGGCGAAGAUAUUGCAGUCGCAUUGGUAGUGUCUAAAAUCCAGCAACAGAUCGUUGCUUUUACUGAUGAUGUAAACGAACUCAAUACUUGUUCCGCGAAGUGUGCAGAUAGCGAUGAUCUAGUGCACGAUUCUGCCGGAAAUAUUCCCGAACGUUCGUCAGUGGCUGGAAGUGCUAACACGGACAUUGCACCUUCCAUGAGGGAAUUUGCACAUAAACUUAAUUACACAGAUAAAGAAAUAAACGCAGUCAUAAGAACAUUUGGAACAGAAAUCAACAUAAACCAACUUCUUCAGGAACUCGUCAAAAAUUCCGCUUCGACGCUUCAGCUUAGUUCUGCUUCAGAGGACAUGAAUGUGCUUCCUGUUGCUCGCGGAUGCUCUGGUCUUCGAGAACCGCGGGUCCUAUACGCGCGGGGCGCCAGUCCCGCCAUCUCAACCCGCGGAGCUGCGAUUGUCGAAGCUGAUAAUCAUGUUCCAUUCCAGGCAGACCUCUUGCGGCCAAUCGUUAUCGAUGGUAGCAAUGUGGCCAUGAGUCAUGGAAACCAGCAAGUGUUUUCUUGUCGGGGCAUAAAACUUUGCGUUGAGUUUUUUAAGAGAAGGGGCCAUACUGACAUUACUGUCUUCGUGCCAUUAUGGAGAAAAGAAGAACUUCGACCGGAAAGUCCCAUUGCGGAACGGGAAGUUCUGGAUGAACUCUCUAGACAAAACGUUCUUAAGUUCACGCCUUCACGAAAGAGUGGUAAUCGCCUUAUUGUGUGCUAUGACGACAAAUAUACUGUUGAUUUAGCCGAUCGAAAUGGCGGGAUCAUCGUUUCCAACGAUGGUUUUCGAGACCUCAUCAAAGAGAAUCCACGAUGGAGGGAGACCAUUGAGCAACGAACACUGAUGUACACUUUCGCUGGAGAUCUUUUCAUGCCUCCGGAUGAUCCCCUAGGAAGGAAAGGACCAUCCUUGGACGACUUCCUGAAGAAAGGCUCUGCGACGCACCCGAGAAUCUGCCCAUAUUUAAAGAACUGCACGUUUGGUAAUCGCUGUAAAUAUUACCACCCCGAAAGAGACUCCCAACGACAACAGGAGAAAGCUGCGGUGAGAAAUCCACCUGAAAAUCCCGAGCUCCCUACAGCCAGUCCUUCUAACACAGCAUCUCCUACAUGUCAAUCAACAAGGACUUCGACCAAUGCGUUCCACCCAAGGGUGGGUGACCCAAGGGUUUCCAUUGCGACUCCUGGUGUCCAACGUAGUUGUCAGUCAACUGCAUCCUCAGCCAAUGAGACUUGCACUAGGAACUCUGCAGCAGAUUCAUGGGUUUCUGACCCACCUAUUUGUUCACGUUUAGAACGUCGUGGACAGCCCAAUAAUAUGUUAGCUCGUGGGAGUGGACAAGUCAGCGCCCCCUCGCACGCAUACCCUUGCGUUCGAAGUGGAGAAGAGUACUACCCGUGCUAUCCGUAUUAUGGCGAUUACCAUAAUGCAGUUCCUUCAGAUUACAGAGCCAGAAACCUCCCGUAUCAGGACCCAGCUCCUUUGUACCACCAUGACGUGAGCCAGUAUUCUCCGCUCCCACCUGCCCAGUGGCCACGGCCAUACAAUCCUCAAGUCCCUUACCCUCCACCCUCGGGUAUUGGAUAUCCCGCGGGCACGUACAUACAUCAGUACUUUGAGCCUGCCCCUGUUCCGUACCGCAAUUUCCAAGGAGACCAGAGACUGCAUCGGGAUCAAGUAGACAGUGGCACGUCAGGGGAUUCUACCGCCAGAAUAGAACACUUUGACAGUUUAGUUGAGAAACUUAAGAACGUUUUCAAAGACUUGGAUGAAGAGUUAAUAAUCCGUGUUCUGCGGGGCCACCCGAAAGAGUGCGCGGACAAAGAUAUUAAUAAAUUAGCAGAUUUCAUACUGGAAGCCACUUCAUCCCAAACCUGA